AAACAAAUUAUUUUUUUAUUUUUAUAAAAUAAACUAAAUCCUCGUUUUUCGGGGGCAGUAAACGCAACACGGCGAACAAGCGACCCGAGAGAGGGAGAGCAAUACCCGCCGGUGACAGAUGGGAGACGCGGCGGGCAGCAGCAGCGGCCAUGCGACCACGAGAUGGUCUCUCGGAGGAAUGACGGCCCUCGUCACGGGCGGAACCAGAGGAAUCGGGCACGCGGUGGUGGAGGAAUUGGCGGGGCUGGGCGCGUCGGUGCACACCUGCUCCCGCAAAGAGGCCGACCUCACCGAGUGCUUGAGGAAAUGGGCGGCCAAAGGGUUUCGCGUCACCGGCUCCGUCUGCGACCUCUCCUCUAGGGAGCAAAGAGAUCAGUUGAUCCGGGAAGUUUCUGCGACCUUCAACGGGAAGCUCAACAUACUUGUAAACAAUGUUGGGACAAAUAUAAGGAAGCCGACUGUUGAAUAUAGCGCCGAAGAGUACUCAUUCCUCAUGGCCACAAAUCUGGAAUCUGCUUACCAUUUGUGCCAACUUGCUCAUCCUCUUCUUAAAGCAUCGGGAAUGGGAAGCAUCGUGUUCAUUUCUUCUGUUGCUGGGGUGGUAGCUCUAAGUAGUGGUUCCAUUUAUGCAGCAGCCAAAGCUGCAAUGAACCAAAUGACGAAGAACUUGGCAUGUGAGUGGGCCAAAGACAAUAUUAGAACCAACAGUGUUGCACCAUGGUACAUCAAGACUAAACUAGUGGAGCAUCUACUCAAUGACAAAGAUUCUCUGCAAAGGAUAAUUGAUCGAACGCCCCUCCGCCGAGUUGGAGAGCCCGAAGAAGUGUCGUCGCUGGUCGGAUAUCUGUGCCUACCUGCUGCUUCUUACAUAACUGGGCAGAUAAUUUCAGUCGAUGGCGGAAUGACUGUAAAUGGCUUUUAUCCAAGUGGGUAAAAAUCAAGGCAGUGUUGGGCUUUGUUUGCUUCUCAGCUUUUCUUUACUUAAAUCUGCAAAUGUCGAACUGCUUCGAUCAUUUGAAGCGAGUAGCUCUAGUAUCAAGAUGAAUUCAUGUCUAAGUGCAAGACAUGGUGCCAGUUUCUAACCUGCAAUCCUUUGUAAUAACUCUAGCUGGUUAGACAUCUCCAGCAGCACUUGAUGGCGAAGUAAACUCGAGUUAUCUUUGUUCUGCUUCUGUUUUUUCA